AUGGUUGUCCAGCAGCAUGUUCUGAACUGGCUCUACAGCGUUCUGACCAGUGAAUAUCAUGAUGUCAAUCGCACCUACAACGACGUAGCCCAGGUGCUGUCUGCGUAUCCAUCGUUGUCGCCGCGGACAGAUGUCCACACAUUCGACAAUGGAGUAUCAGCUCUCCUCGUCCACGUGUCGGGAACGAUACCGGUCGUCUUUAGGGGCACGACCUACCGAUUCCCCAUUUCGCUAUGGGUGCCGCACUCAUACCCGCGAGAGGCCCCGAUAGCCUAUGUGACGCCGACCGAGAACAUGGUGGUCCGGCCCGGCCAGCACAUCGAUCCGCAAGGGCGCAUAUAUCACCCAUAUCUGGUUGGGUGGGUUGAGUUUUGGGAUAAAUCGUCCAUCUUGGACUUUUUGGCCAUACUGCGCGACGUGUUUGCGAAAGAACCCCCGGUGGUCGCGCGCCAACCACCGCGACCAGCACCACAGCAGUUGACGCCUACGCCACCGCCCAUUCCGCCUCUUCCUCAGGAAAUAUCAGCGAGGACACCUGUACUAACACAAUCCCCACAUGCGAUGGACGGACGUCCUCCGCCUCCGCCACCGAAAGAAGGCAGCGAUGCACCCCAGGUGGUCCCUGGGCAGGCAAUCCACAGAGAUGGCGGUCCACCACUGCCCCCUUUGCCCCCUGGCAUUCAUCAUCCGCAAACUCAAUAUAGCCAACAACAGCAGUCAAAUCGAAGUCUCAGAUAUGACAGCGCGCCUCCUCUGCCCUUUCAACAAGGGCAGCCCCAGGGUCAUCCCCAGGGUCAUCCCCAGGGUCAAUCGCGAGGCGCCCAACCUCAACAGCACCAACAACCGCCUUACAUGCCCCCUGGUCCGCAAACCGGCUUCCCACCCCAGGAUCCACGCCGCACCUCGACGAUAUCGCCCAUGACGCCACAGUUGUCCGGGACCCAGCAGCAACAGCGAGCAUCCUACGGCGGUCCUGCGCCAAACUGGCAACCGCCGAUGCAGCAGCCCCCACCGCAACCACAACACAAACCUCCUCCCCCACCCGACAUCAUGGACGAGCCCCUGACUCUGGCGCUGCCCUCACCCUCUCACCUCCCCCCGCCGCCAAUCCCCCCCAACCCCGAAAAGGACGCCCUUCUCCGCCAACUCGCAUCCACCCUCUACACCAUGCGCCAGCGCUCCCGCGAACAAAACAAAUCCUCCCUCGCCGGCUUAACUGCGCAACGAAAUGCGAUGCUCGGCGCCUUGCAGAACUUGCAAAACGACUCUAACGCCCUGACGCCCCUGUCAGCCAUGCUCGCCUCCAACACGUCGAUCCUGCAGCAGUCGCUCCAAGAAGCUGACGGCGUCAUCUCCAAUAGCCGCAAAUUGACACCUCCCGGAAUCGACGAGCUGCUCGUGGCGCCUACCGUGGUCGGCAACCAGUUGUACGAUGUCGUGGCCGAUGAGAGGGCGUUGGGCGAUGCGAUAUUUAUCUUAGGCAGAGCGGUUGAGAGGGGCCGUAUUACGCCCGCUGUUUUUGCUAAGACGACGAGGAGUUUGGCGAGGGAGUGGUACUUGAAGAAGGCGCUGGCAAGAAAGAUUGGGAAGGGAAUGGGGUUGGCGCGGUAA